CUUACACUCAUAUAUUCAUUUGUUCUCUCACAAAGGAAACAUCUUAUUCCGCCAGGAUUAACUUUUUUUACCAAUUCCAAGUGAAAAAUUGUUUCUCAUUUGUCAUUAUCAAUACCCUUUUUAACCAUUAACAAUUUUUCAACGUGUUUCGUGGAAGCGUUUUUAUUCAAUUAUCGUUUCAGAUUUUGGCUAUCAGCAAGAAAAAGGUUGGAUAGAAAAUAAUGCUUGUCGUAUCACCAUUGCAGUCGCACCCACUGGCCAUAGGUGACAUUCCGACGCAUGUGUUCCGCUCCGCCGAGCCCUACCGCGACGACGUCGUCUUGAUUGAUGCACAUUCGAUUCAAAAGUUCACCAUCGGUGGCAUCAUCACAUCAUCAAACAGACUCGCCGCAGGCCUGGCACGCGAUGGCCACAGUGGGCAGGUCAUAUCAGUGUUCGACGACACCGAGUUGCGCUGUGUCUACGUCUACUACGCCGCACUGAUGGUCGGUGGCACGUACCAGUCGCUGGGAACCGGAAUAUCAACCAAAAAACUUGCCGAGCGCAUCAAAACCACUGACUCUCCUGUCAUUUUCACUACCGCCCUGUACCUCGACAAGCUGCGCACUGCCACAAAUGGAAUGGAGGUACACAUUUACCUGCUGGACAAUGCAUGCGAUCGCGCGCCUGCUUUUGGCUGCAGCUGUCUUUCGUUUGCACACCUGCUUGUAGACGACCCGUCGUUUGUCCCUGUGCGCAUAACGUCCAAGGACGACGCAAUGCGCAAGCCUGCGUAUCUUGCGUACUCAGCCUCUACCGAUCAGCACCAGGAGGUGUCACAGCAGCUGAUGCUCUCGCACUAUGGUCUGCUAUCAUCGCAUCGGCUCAACCGGCCGCGGCUGCCCGAAUCUACCCUCCGAACCACGCUCUCCACCCUGCCAUUCACAAACACCCACGGCAUCAGCAACAUUGCGCACUUCCCAAUGCUCUCAGGGUCGCGCGUCGUGCAGGUGAGCAGGAAUGACCCGGCCCUGUGCUUGGCAGCCAUGGAGCAGUGGAAAGCCGGCGUGCUCUUGGCAACAUACCCCGUCCUGACCGAGAUACUCGCCAAGGCCAAGCGCUGCGGCAAACUUAUUUCAAUUGACAAUCGUACUUUUGACAUUAGCUCACUGCAAAUCAUAUUCAUGCAUGAGUUGCGCAUGUCUGAAUCUUUCAAGGAGAAGGCGUCGGAGCUUUUGGGCGCUCGCAUUGUUGAGCUCUAUGGGUAUAUUGAGACAGGUUUGAUUUCCGGCGUGCUAACUGAGUAUCCCCGAAUCCCAAACUCUGUUGGCGUGCUGUGCUCGAAUGUCGCCGCCCGCGUUAUGCUUGAUGGCCAUGAGGUGGAGGACGGCCAAUGUGGAGAGAUUCUGGUCUCAACGCCCAGACUGACGGCAGUCAAUUCUACCUUGAUAGAUGGUACAAGGUACUUUUGCACUGGCGACUACGGCAUGGUCACCAGCCAGGGCAUUGUCAUUGUCAAGGCACGCGUGUCUGACAUUAUUCACACACAGAGCGGGGUUGUGGUGCCCAGGGACAUUGAAACAGAGCUGCUGAGGGAUGCGAGGGUUGUGGAGUCUGCAGCUGUCGCUGUGCGUAGCAAUGGGAUGGAUGUUCCAUUUGUGUUUGUCGUUGCUGUAGAUGCAGCUGCUGCGGAUUCGUCGAGUGCAGCUGUUAAUCGGGAUUACCAGAGCGACAUUGACCCAAUUCUCGCACCGCUUGCCAAACUGUAUCCCGGAAUUCAUGGACGCUUCAUUGAUUGGAUUCCAAAGUCGUCGCGGGGCGAGCCCGAACGCUCAGCAUUGCGUCUCAUACUUGCAGCCAAUCACGCAGACAACAACACCACUGCGCAACAGCUAAGCUUAAAGCUGGUCUCUGUCAACCCAACCUAACUAUAUAUUUUUAAUUUAUCAUUUAAUGCAAUUAUUGGACUAAUUAGCG